GGCCCCGCCCCCGGGGCCCUGCCGGAGCUGGUGCGCGGCGCGGAGGGGAGGGCCGGCCAGGGUAGGAAUGCGCUGCGGGCGGGCGGCGCAGGAGGCGAGCGGCGGAACAUGUAAGGGCACAUCCCGCGAGCUGCCGCCCAGCGCGCAGACAGAGCCCAGGGGAGCAAGAGAACGGGCGGGCGGCGGGGCUCACGGGCUAGGGAGGCGCGGAGGCAUCUGGCAGAGGCGGGUCGGGCUGGGCCAGCUGGGGUAGAGCGGAGGAGCGGGUGCCGGCUGAAGCGGGGCGGUGGGCGCGGAGCGCGCUGGGGGCACCGACACCACCUCACCGGCAGCCGGGUGCUGAGGGCCGCGGUGUGGGUGCGCGGAGCAGUCAGGGCGCAGGUGGGCAGCGCGCACGGCCUGCCAGCCCGGGGCGCCAGAAUCCUGCGCUGCGGGGCCGAGAGGGGCGCCGCGCCCGCCGCAGCCUGGAGCUUUCCGCGAACCUCGGGGCGCCCAUGACGGCGGCGGCGACGGCUACCGUGCUCAAGGAGGGCGUGCUGGAGAAGCGCAGCGGCGGGCUGCUGCAGCUGUGGAAGCGGAAGCGCUGCGUCCUCACCGAACGCGGGCUGCAGCUCUUCGAGGCCAAGGGCACGGGCGGCCGGCCCAAGGAGCUCAGCUUCGCCCGCAUCAAGGCCGUGGAGUGCGUGGAGAGCACCGGGCGCCACAUCUACUUCACGCUGGUGACCGAAGGGGGCGGCGAGAUCGACUUCCGCUGCCCCCUGGAAGAUCCCGGCUGGAACGCCCAGAUCACCCUAGGCCUGGUCAAGUUCAAGAACCAGCAGGCCAUCCAGACAGUGCGGGCCCGGCAGAGCCUCGGGACCGGGACCCUCGUGUCCUAAACCACCGGGCGCACCAUCUUUCCUUCAUGCUACCCACCACCUCAGUGCUGAGGUCAAGGCAGUUUCGUUGUUCCCUCUGGCUUGUGGGGGCACGGCUGUGCUCCAUGUGGCAAGGUGGAAGGCAUGGACGUGUGGAGGAGGCGCUGGAGCUGAAGGAAUGGACGGGCCCUGGGAGGAGGGCAGAAGGCUACGCAGGGCUGAGGAUGAAGAUGCAGCCCCUGGAUGGUCCCAGACUCUCAGGACAUGCCCAGCUCAGGGGCUUCGAGCCACAGGCCUGGCCUCAUAUGGCAUGAGGGGGAGCUGGCAUCGGAGCCCCCUCCCUGCUGUGGUCCUGCCCUCUGUCCUGCAGACUGCUCUUAGCCCCCUGGCUUUGUGCCAGGCCUGGAGGAGGGCAGUCCCCCAUGGGGUGCCGAGCCAACGCCUCAGGAAUCAGGAGGCCAGCCUGGUACCAAAAGGAGUACCCAGGGCCUGGUACCCAGGCCCACUCCAGAAUGGCCUCUGGACUCACCUUGAGAAGGGGGAGCUGCUGGGCCUAAAGCCCACUCCUGGGGGUCUCCUGCUGCUUAGGUCCUUUUGGGACCCCCACCCAUCCAGGCCCUUUCUUUGUACACUUCUUCCCCCACCUCUACGCAUCUUACCCCCACUGCGGUGUUCGGCCUGGAGGUGGUGGGGGUGAGGGGGGGUUUGGCCAUUAGCAUUUCAUGUCUUUCCCCAAAUGAAGAUGCCCUGCAAAGGGCAGUAACCACA